AUGGCGUCCAACAUCAAUGGAGCAGACAAAGGAGAGCUUCUUGAAGAGCAGAAGCAGGAGAUCCGUGAGGCGUUUCACUUGUUUGACUUGAAUAACGAUGGCCACUUGGGGUUUCACGAGUUGAAAAUUGCCAUGAAGGCCCUAGGCUUUGAGCCUACAAAAAAAGAGGUGCUAGACAUGAUAGCAGAGUAUGAUGUCAACGACAAAAAUCUAAUCAACUACGACAAUUUUUUCCAAGAGAUGGGUCAAAGAAUACUCGAAAGAGACAAGGACUCAGAGAUCGAAAGAGCUUUCAAGUUGUUUGACGAGGACUCCACUGGAAAAAUAUCGUUAAAAAACCUCAGAAGAGUUGCAAAAGAACUAGGAGACGAAUUGGGAGACGAUGAGCUAAGAGCAAUGAUCGAUGAGUUUGAUUUGGACGACGAUGGCGAAAUCAAUUUUGAUGAAUUCAAAAGAAUAUGUCAAGACGACUGA